AUGCCCCAUGCAUUGGGUAGCGGCAUAGAGUCGUGGGAGGAACCAAGGGAACCAAACAUAGAUAGCGUUAUGUAUCAGGCUCGAUCCAGUAAUGCCAGUGAAAACAUCGAUAUAAACGUCUUUGAGCGCAUCCGAGAGUCCAAAAAUCAAAAAGGCUCCCUCAACGAAGGCGACAUUAGCAGGAUGCGUGUCUACAAUGUUGGCGUCCUAAUGGCCUCCCAUUUGGAUUCACCUUUUGAUCUGGAACGUUGCGGACCUGCUGUCGAUUUGGCCUUGGAUCAGAUUAACAAAAAAUUUCUCGCUCCACAUAAUGUCAGGCUGGUCAAGAAGAAGGCCAGUUACCCAUCUUGCUCGGGAGCCAAGGCGCCCGGACUGGCAGCGGAUAUGCAUUUCAAGGACGAUGUCAUCGCGUUCAUAGGACCCGCGUGCGCAUUUGCUCUGGAGCCGGUUGCCCGCUUGGCCGCCUAUUGGAACACGCCCAUUAUAACGGGAAUGGGAGAUCAGCCACCUUCAUCCGAGGGCGAAGUGACUGUCACCUCGGGCAUCCUGGGCAGAAUACACAAGUGGAAGAACGAGGGUUCGGGCAUGUUCAAGGAUAAAUCCAAGUAUCCGACAUUGACGCGAAUGUCCUACUGUCAGUGUCGUCUGAAGCUGGUCUUUGCCAGCGUUUUCCGUCAGUUCAAGUGGAAGCAUGUGGCGCUGCUCGUCGAUCGCUCCGAGCUGUACUCGUUGACCGUGGGCAAGAAUCUGGAAUACGGCCUGCUGCAGGAGGGACUCUUGAGUUUUGUGCGCGAACUGAACGGCAACGAGGAGGAGAUCUAUGAGAACUAUCUCAGGGAUGCGAGCAUGUAUGCGCGUGUGGUCAUCUUGUCUGUGCGAGGUGUUCUCGUACGGAAAUUUAUGCUCGCCGCACACAGUUUGGGUAUGACGAACGGGGAGUGGGUGUUCCUCGAUGUGGAGAUCUUUCAGAGCGCCUACUGGGGCGACAAGGAUUGGGAGUUGGGCGAUGAGAAUGAUAUGCGUGCCCGCAAGGCAUAUGAGGCACUGUUGCGUGUCUCCCUGCUACAGCCGACGAGUCCCACCUAUCAGGACUUUGCGGAUAAAGUCCGGGGCAUUGCCCUGUCCGAGUAUAAUUAUACGUUUGUCGAGGGUGAGGAGGUCAAUUUCUUUAUUGGUGCCUUCUACGAUGGUGUCUUUCUGCUCGGCAUGGCGCUGAAUGAGACUCUAACCGAGGGCGGUGACUUACGCGAUGGGUUGACCAUCACUCGACGGAUGUGGAAUCGCACUUUCGAAGGGAUAACGGGACAGGUUCGCAUCGAUAACAAUGGGGACCGCGAUGCAGAUUACUCGAUUCUCGAUUUGGAUCCCAUCAAUGGCAAAUUCUCAGUGGUUGCUCACUACUACGGUCUCCACAAGAAAUAUGCUGCUGCGCAUGGCAAGAAGAUACAUUGGCCGGGUGGCUGGGAGGGACCGCCACCAGAUGUGCCACCCUGCGGUUUUCUGGGCAAUGCUCCAGGCUGUCAUGGUAAUGGGACGACAAUUAUGUAUUCGGUUUUUGGACUGGCUUUGUUUUUGGGUCUUGUGCUCCUGGUCAUUUGUCUGCUGCAAAAACAAAUGAAGCUCAGCAAGGAGCUGCACAAUAUGUCCUGGAGAGUGCGACCCGAAGAUGUCCUGAUCGAAAUGGGUGGCAUGUUUGGCUCGAAGGGUGGACUCCAGCGCCUGGAUGUGGAGAAUAUAUCACUGCAGCAGUUUGGCAUACAUUCGGGCAGAGCUUCGAUUGCAAGCUUUGCAUCGCUGCCGCCUCAAGUCUACACAACGAUUGGACAAUUCAAGGGCGAACGGGUGGCCAUCAAGAAGGUGAAUGUCAAGAAGGUGGAGGUGACCUCAACGCUGCUCUGGGAGAUCAAGCAGGCCCGCGAUGUGAGCCACGAGAAUACAGUGCGAUUUGUGGGUGCCUGCAUCGAUUUGCCGCGACCCACUGUCCUCAUCCUCACGGAAUACUGCUCGAGGGGCAGCCUGAAGGAUGUACUCGAGAAUGAGGCCAUUGAGCUGGAUUGGAACUUUCGGAUGUCGCUGAUACACGACAUUGUCAAGGGCAUGAGUUAUCUGCACAACAGCGAUGUCGUCGCCCAUGGUAAACUCCGCUCCUGCAAUUGUCUCAUCGAUGGACGAUUCGUUCUGAAGAUCUCCGACUUUGGAUUGAACACGCUAACCACACCCUCGGAUUUUGUGCGCGAUCAGAACUAUUAUACCAAGCUGCUGUGGAUAGCCCCCGAGCUGCUGCCGAUGACCUCGAUUCCCGGCUGUCCGGCGACGCAACGCGGCGACGUUUACUCCUUUGGCAUUAUUUUGGAGGAGAUUGUUAAUCGAGGUGGACCCUAUCAGGAGGCACGACAACAGGGCAUGGAUGUGCACACCAUUCUGCAUAAGGUGCGCCAGUGCGAGUAUCCCCCAUUUCGACCACUCAUACGGGAGAGGGAAUGCCCACCGGAUCUCCUAGUGCUAAUGGAAAAGUGCUGGGCUGACAACCAGGAGGAACGUCCAGCAUUCUCCAUAAUAAGAAGCAACAUACGCACCAUUAUGAAAGGCUUUUGUGAGAAUCUAAUGGACGAUCUGCUGAAUCGCAUGGAACACUAUGCCAACAACUUGGAGACGCUCGUGGAGGAGAAGACCCGUCAGCUCAGUUUGGAGAAGCAGCGCACCGAGGAGUUGUUAUAUCAGAUACUGCCACGUCCCGUCGCUCAACAGCUAAUGGCAGGAGAUCUGGUGGAGCCCGAGGAGUUCAGCAGCGUGACUAUCUAUUUUAGCGAUAUUGUUGGCUUCACCGAGCUCUGUGCUCGCAGUACGCCCAUGGAUGUGGUCAAUUUUCUCAAUGAUCUCUAUAGCACCUUCGAUCGCAUCAUUGGCUUCUACGACGUGUACAAGGUGGAAACCAUUGGCGAUGCCUAUCUGGUGGUCUCUGGUCUCCCGGAACCCAAUGGCGAUAAGCAUGCCCGGGAAAUCGCUUUGAUGGCCCUGGACAUCCUACAGGCUGUGUGCUCCUUUAAUCUGAGACACAAGCCCGAUUACAAAAUACAGAUACGGAUUGGAAUGCAUUCGGGCUCCGUCUGUGCCGGCGUCGUCGGCAAGAAGAUGCCACAUUAUUGUCUCUUUGGGGAUACAGUAAACACCGCUUCACGUUUGGAGACAACCGGAAUGCCUGGCAAGAUUCAUGUUUCAUCGGCCACCAAGGCCAUCUUGGACAAGUUUGGCACAUUUCAAUUGGAGCACAGGGGCGAUGUGGAGCUCAAGGGCAAGGGUACGGUGACCACCUACUGGCUAAAUAGCACCACCGAGGCGGAGGCACGUGCUCCAACUCCGCCGCAAAUAACCAACGAUGAGGUGCCUUUUCCCCUGCUUUUUGCCGGCAUGGGGAAGUGA